CUUUAACCGCACCCAAUACCGGAAGUUCUGGAUACAAGAGGUUUUUUUCUCAACAUAACCAGAAAACCCUGCUUCUGCUGCUUGUGUUGCUACUCAUGGCGUGAUGUCUUGGCAGUGAGGUAUGGGGUACGAAGUGAACCGGUUUGAGGGGGAUGUGGAUGAGGAGCUGAUUUGUCCAAUUUGUAGCGGCGUACUUGAGGAACCCUUGCAGGCACCAGCAUGUGAGCACGCAUUCUGCGCGACGUGUAUCCAGGAGUGGCUGACGCGGCAACCAACGUGCCCGGUAGACCGGAACCCCAUUACGCCCAACCAGCUAAAACCUGUGCCCCGUAUUCUACGUAAUCUCCUCUCUAGGUGCCAGAUAACCUGUGAUAACACUGGGUAUGGUUGCCAGGUGGUUGUGAAGCUGGACAUGUUGCCCAAUCAUCUGAACGAGUGUGAGUUCAAUCCAAAGAAACCAGUCCACUGUGAGCUAGGGUGCGGACUGGUUGUACCCAAAGAUGAACUCAAGGACCACAACUGUGUGCGGGAGUUACGCAACUUGGUUCAACAACAGAACCAGAAGAUGGUCGAGAUGCAGACGGAAAUAGCCGAGCACAAACUGCAGAUCAAUGAGCAGAAGAGGGAGCUACAACUUUUAAAGGAGUACAUGCGUUCCAUGCGUGUGUCCAACCCUCGAAUGAGAGAGAUACAGACAGAGAUGGAACAGUCGGACAUUGUCAGAUGGACGAACAGCUUACAAACAGCACGUGUAACACGGUGGGGCGGCAUGAUCUCCACUCCAGACGCUGUGCUACAAGCGGUGAUCAAGCGCUCCCUAAUUGACAGCGGAUGCCCCUCCCACAUUGUUAACGAUCUCAUGGAGAACGCCCAUGAGAGACGGUGGCCGGCUGGACUGGCCACGCUUGAAACAAGGCAGAUUAACAGGCGCCAGUACGAGAACUACGUCACCAAGAGAAUACCAGGAAAGCAAGCGGUAGUGGUGACGAAUAUAGAGAAUCAACACAUGCCGGAAGAUUUGAUAAUGGAGCCUGGGCUUGUCAUGAUCUUUGCACACGGUGUGGAGUAGAACGCACUUUCACAUAUUGGACCAAACACAAAAUGUUGGUGGCAUCAUUUCUUAAGACCAAUUAUAGUGUGGAUGUUUUGUACAGCAUAAUAUGUCAACUUAUAAUGACCCAUUUCAAGUGCGGACAUUUUGUACAGCAGAAUAUGCCGGCUAAAAAUGAUCCAUUUCAAGUGCAGACAUUUUGUACAGCAGAAUAUGCCGGCUAAAAAUGAUCCAUUUCAAGUGCAGACAUUUUGUACAGCAGAAUAUGCCGGCUAAAAAUGAUCCAUUUCAAGUGUGGACAUUUUGUACAGCAGAAUAUGCCGGCUAAAAAUGAUCCAUUUCAAGUGCGGACAUUUUGUACAGCAGAAUAUGCCGGCUAAAAAUGAUCCAUUUCAAGUGUGGACAUUUUGUACAGAAUUAUUUUUUCGCUUAUUUAUCAUGAUCAUUAGAAUUGUGGACAUUUUGUACAGUAGGAUAUUUCGGCCAAUCACACUAUACUCUAUCUGUGAUGUAGCAACGCUAGUGGCUGAUGAGUGCUUGUGACUGAAGUUGUGUGAUGUCGUCAGACAGGGGGGGCACCUCAUAUUGUUUAUAAUACUGAUGACACUGUUCUAUCUGAUUUGAUGACAAAAUAAGGAACUUUGUUUAAUAAAGAAUUACUGUAUUAUACUGUGUUUUCUCCUAUACACAGUAUAAUACAGAAAUGCAAAAAAUCGACAGUCUUAAGUGUAAGUUUCAUCUAGUUAUAAGUAAAAAGAGUAAUUGAUUGCAUUUUAUCUUUAUAAAGAUUUUUUCAUCUGGAGGUUUAUAAAGCUUGGUUGAUGACUGUGACUGUCAGGCUACAGAAUGUGGAAAUGGCUUUUAUGAAUAAAAGACUAAGCUAAUGUAACAGUUUUGGUCAUAAAUACUGGUUGUGUUGAAACUUGGCUCCAACAACUUCAACAGCAGUGGUUGAUAUUAACAAAAGCCCACAAGCCCUGCACUGGUUAAAUGACUUUCAGAGUGCUAAAAUUGAAAAAUUUAUGUACAAUGUAGCAGGGCUUGUUUGAAAAAUUGAUGCCAAGCAAUAGUGUAAGAAUUUGGGCCUGUUCAUCCAAGACUAAUUUCGAUGACUGCACCAGUGUUCUUGUUGAAUAAAAUGGUAAUUUAAAAUCAGUCAUGCAUAUGGUUAACAUUGUCUUACUAUCAUGCAUAUGGUUAACAUUGUCUUACUAUCAUGCAUAUGGUUAACAUUAUCUUACUAUCAUGCAUAUGGUUAACAUUAUCUUACUAUCAUGCAUAUGGUUAACAUUGUCUUACUAUCAUGCAUACAUGUACAGUUGGAUUGAAAAGCAUUAUAACAACUAUCUUGAAGUAUUUGUGUAACAUGCAUUUGUUUAUUAAGUUUCCAAAUUUUUAUUUUUUUGUCCAAAUGAAAUAUAAAGAUUCGUUGAAUGAAAAUCUUUCCUUGUAUUUUAAAGACUGAGUGUUAUAAAUUGUUUAAUUAUUAAAUUGACAUUACUUCAAUGUGCAAUGAUUGAAAUAGUAGCAAUGUCCAUCUCAGGAAAAACCGUUACAUGUACAGGGUUUGACGUUAACUUUUUUGAGAGCUGGACCAGUGACUGAGUAAUUUUGAAAGCCUACUAGAACUGACCUUAACUGAACUAGACCAAAAUGUAAAAUUUGAAACAUGGUAAAAAGAACAUGGAACCUAAAUGUAUUGAGUGCUUUGUUAAUUCUGUACAUUGACAUGGUUAACAUAGUUCAUGUGCUUUGUUAAUUCUGUACAUUGACAUGGUUAACAUAGUUUAUUUGCUUUGUUUAUUCUGUACAUUGAAAUGGUUAACAUAGUUCAUGUGCUUUGUUUAUUCUGUACAUUGACAUGAUUAACAUAGUUCAUUUGCUUUGUCAAUUCUGUACAUUGACAUGGUUAACAUAGUUCAUGUGCUUUGUCAAUUCUGUACAUUGACAUGUUUAACAUAGUUCAUGUGCUUUGUCAAUUAUGUACAUUGACAUGGUUAACAUAGUUCAUGUGCUUUGUCAAUUAUGUACAUUGACAUGGUUAACAUAGUUCAUGUGCUUUGUUAAUUAUGUACAUUAACAUGGUUAUCAUAGUUUAUGUGUGUUUUGAUGGUGUACAAUGACCUUAUUAACAUAGUUAAAGUGCAUUGUUAAUGCUGUACUUGACAUGGUUAACAUAGUUCAUGUGCUUUGUCAAUUAUGUACAUUGACAUGGUUAACAUAGUUCAUGUGCUUUGUUAAUUAUGUACAUUAACAUGGUUAUCAUAGUUUAUGUGUGUUUUGAUGGUGUACAAUGACCUUAUUAACAUAGUUAAAGUGCAUUGUUAAUGCUGUACUUGACAUGGUUAACAUAGUUUAUGGGCUUUGUUAACUGUGAGCAUGUACGAUGUUUACUUUAUUUGGGAUUAUUGGCGUAGAUAUUUACAAAAACAAUGCUUUGUUUUUCCUCUUACAUUUAUUUGAUAACAUCCAAUAUUUUUUAUAACAUUUUGGACAAUUUUGUAUGUAGACAAGGGUAUGCCAUGUGUUUAUACUGGUACAUGUAUUUGACAUUUGUGUAACGGCCUAUAUUUCUUCUAUCCUUAGACAAGGUUCAAAUUCCUUACAAUAAACAGAUCUUCUUGGUUUUGAAUGUGUAAAAAAUUGUUUAAACAAUAUUAUAUUGUUUACUUUAUUGGGAGAAUAUAUCACUGUUCAUAGUUCUGUGAGUUGUGUAUCGAAUUGUUAUAAAAUAGCAUUUUCGGAACAUACUACAUUCAUAUUGUUUAGGCUGUAUCUGUGAAUUUGCUUGAUAUUGUGUUUAAAAAGUGCUGUUUAAAUGGAUUGUUGUAUGUUGUCCCCUAAAUGUGAUAUGUACAUAGCUUAUGUAAAAAAAGGUAUUGUUUAAUUUUGCAUUGUGUGUGUAUACAGAAAAUUCACACAUUUUUUGCUCUUUUUUUUCUAAGAAAAAAAGUUGAGGCAUUGUAAUAGCCUCCUGGUGUUGUAGUUCAAAAUUCGUAAUCUUAAACCUAGGCCACAGCUCAAGAACGUUCAAGAUACAUGAAACUUGGUACACAUGUUUGUCAGAGACCAUGUUUGAUGACAUGAGUUAAAACCUUAAUGAUUAAGAAUGGGUGGAGUUAGCUUAGUGAACAAGCCCUUCUUAAUCAUUAAGAUUUUAUUUCAGGUCAUCUGACUUAGAAUACAACCUCAUUCACUGACACAUUGUCAACGCAAAACCUGAUGCAGUAAUUGAGUUUGGCGGACCUUUAAACACCCGUGAAAGUCAUAAUUCUUAAUGAUUAAGCCUAGUACUUGAUAAUUACCUAUCUGCAAUUUCAUUGGCUGUAAAUGGAGGUUUUAUUCUAAACACAUAUGUUCAGCAAGGCCCACAACACUAGCUUUAAUAAUUAUUGAGUUAUACCCCCUGUUUGACUGAAGACAAAAAACAGACAAGCAUUUGCAUACAAUCUGUGGCUUGUGCAUUGGUGACAUACCUGUUAUAGGCAUAUAUAGUCGAACCUCGUUGGCUCCAACUCCCUUGAGACCGGUGAAAAUACCUCCAGCUUGCUAAAAUUGGAGCUAAGCGGGAAAUAUGAAUGCUUACCAGUACCUUCAGUUUAAAGCAAUUGGUCCGUUACAUCCGGUUCGAGCCAAUGAGGAAUUUGAGCCAAGCGAGUUUUAGCCAACAACAGGGUUCAACUGUACUUAUCUAUUCAAACAUAUAUGUAAUGAUUUAAACAUGUAUGCAAUGAUCCAUUGUAAAUGUAUACUAUGGCAUUAGUUAUUAAUUUUUGAAUGCUGCAUUAAAUCGUAGUUUAUUACAAUAUGUUACAUUUUGAUCCAUUUUCAUGGCUUGGUUUGAGCACUUGAAACAAGGCAGUCAAACUGCUGAUUUUCAUUGAAAGUUCACAUUUCCAAAUUUAAGUGUGAACCUUGCUUUUUUGUGAUAUCCCUUACUUGCAUUUGUGAUAGGAAUCUGAAAUACUUUGGAAAGGUUGAUUCUGAAAGGUUCAUUCUAUAGCAGGCAAGAAUAAAAUUUUCUGUAUGAUUACAAGAUAGAUCUCCUGCCUUCUAUCACUUUAAACGAAUGUCCCUGGUGCUAAAUGCAACUAAUGGAUCUAAUUUAUCUUUUAAUUCAUCGGUGAUAUAUUACAUCUAAGACAUGUGUUUUUGUGUUUUAAAGCUGCACUCUCAUAUCACUGGUGUGCAGACAUUAACGCAAAAAUUAACUAAUUCUAAGUCCAAAAAAAAAAAGAAAAUUGUCAAAACGGCCAAUCUGUGAGAGUGCAGCUUUAAAACAUGGAAACAUCAUUGUCACAAUCAACCACCUUAUACUAAGCAAUCUAACAGAAUAAACCUUUCAGAUGAAUGUGCUAGAAAGAUUGUGUGUUUUAUAGAAACAAUGUACUUUGUAAGGGACAUGUGAUGCUAUAUAUAGAUAAAAGGACCUUCAGUUUUGAUAUAAAUAUGAAAUUGUAUAUAGGACCAUGUAAAUUCAUAUUAUUUAUGUUGUACUAAUCAAAAUAUUUGUUAUGUUAACAUGUUAACAAACUACAAUGAAUGACAUUUGUACAUCAUUGUUACGUAUUAACACAAUACAAUGCAUCAAAUUGUACAUUAUAGUUUUCAUCGUUUUUGCAAGAUAUGAAAUGGACAGAUUUUUAUUGUUCAUUCAGAAGGGAAUCAUUUCAAUCAGAGACAAACAUUUAUGUUGUGGUACAUAUAUGAAUGUCUCUGGUUAAUUUUUGAUACAUUUAUUUAGUCAUUAUGUUCCUGUCAUAUCAUGAUUAAUUUUAAAGGUAAAUGUCGGUGAAUCCUUUUUCAAUGGAAAUCUUCAAACGUUCUUGGAUAAACCUUAAAGAGUAUUGAUGUUAAGAUUUCUGUAAAAAAAAUUUUUUCGAAACUUAAAAAACAAAUAUAACACCCAUACUCACAUUUUCUUGAUUGUGUGAAUAUGUUAAGGCCAAUAUAAAUAAAUUGCUAGAUUUUCAUACAAUUUUUUUUUUUAAUGGGGGUGGGCAUUUCAAAUGGGGGCAUUUUAUUUUUUAGAUAAUUAUUUCACCAUUGAAUAUGUGCUUAUGCUCUUUCUUAUUGCAUAAGGGACCAUAUACUUGUUUGUGUAGAUGAGGCGCAAACACGAUCAUAACAAUUCUCCUUUUUUACAUGUGAAUGAUUACAUCAUGGUAUGAAUAAAAGCUGAUCCUGGACAGAACCGAUAUGCAAAUACAAAACUCAGUUCUAUAUUUUUUAUUUGAUUCAAUGAAAUUUAAGAAGUGGCGGAAAAAAGAGGGGCGGGUGGGGUUGAAAAUCUAGCAAUUAAUUUAUAGUCCGCUAAUGUAUAAUCUUGUUAAAAUCUUGACCUUAGGUCAAUAACAGCUGUAUGGGGCACAGAUUUUUUUUCUUGAGAACUUUCUUAAAUGUAGAUAGAAUUGUUUAUUGUGUUACAUUUAUUACAAAUCAUUGUUUCAGCCGAGUUGUGGUAGUGUACAUAGUUAUACAGCUUGUUGCUUUCAUAAUAAAACUUCAAACUAAA